CAACGACCAUGACGACAACAACUAGCUGUUUUAGUGAACAACACAACACGGCACAGCACAGUAGUACUCCGAACUUUCCUCAGGGUUGUUCACAGAAUUCCACUAGUGCCUCUGGAGUAGUGCCUUUCGGCUCCGCUGUCGGCGGUGGGGACGCGGGCUUCGUGAACGCACCACCUUACCACAGUGCCAGUGGUGGUGCAGGGAACCUCCACAGUGGGGGAAGCAUAGCAGGUGGCAACUUGUACAACAGUGGUGGAGCUGGUGGUGGUCAGAUGAUGAAUGAUAGCAAUAGUUUAAUAGGACCUCCUUCAGGUACUAGUGUAGUUGCUAGUAGUGGUCCACAUGGACGAGGUUUAGUUCCGGGAGGAGGAGGAGGAGGAGUUUCUACGCUGUUAGGCUUAGGAAUGACCCCUAGUCCGGGAGGAGGAGGAGGAGUUUCUUCUCUGUUAGGCUAGUACGGGUCCACAUGGGAGGAGGAGGAGGAGUUUCUACUCUGUAUACAUACACCCCACUCUCAGGGCAUUGUGCAGCCACGUAAGUACUUGUGACUGAGAUUUAAAGGCAUUCUUUGAUUGCAGUUUUUUAUUUUGUAUGAGUGGGAAUACAGUAGUUUACUUGAGUUCAGGGUCAACUAAUCGGUACUCUUGAGAGGAGGAGGAGGAGGAGUUUCUACUCUGUUAGGCUUAGGAACAAGCGGAGGUGCAGCAGCAUCAGCAGGAGACGUCGGCGCAGGAGGAUACGUUGUCGCAGGAGCAGUAAUCAACAACAGCAGAGUGGAGCAGGAGGAGUUGUACCUCCUCCGGGAGCAAUAGGGGUGGCGAUGGGAGGAGGCCCGCCUCCAGGUGCGCCAGCAGCGCCGCUCCAUAACAAUGGCGCUCCGCCACCGCCGGGAACUGUGCCGCCAAACCACGUAAAGAUGAUGCAUGCGCCAGGAGCCACUAUUAGCAUGCUAGGGCCCGCACAGCCACAUCACUAUGGCCAUAUUUAUCCGGCACCUCCUGCUGUUGCGGGGGGUGGAAAUCCUGAUUCUAGUAGCGCUUUCUUCGGUUCACAACAUCUUCAAGCACCAGCAACACGUAGUAAUCACUUAGUAGCAAUGCAGAAAGCACAAGCUCAACAGCAUGCUAGUAGGGGUGGAGGAAGUGGUCCUCCAGGAGCACAGGCACAAAACAUGUUACAGCAUCAGCAGGCAGCAGACGGAGGAGCAUCAUCUAUUAGCAUGGCUAGUAGCGCUUCUUUACCAGGCAGUACUUCCAGAGGGACACACACUACUACACCUGGAGGAGGAGCUACUUUCUCUGCUCAACCACGUGGUCUCCACAGCUCAAACAAUGCUGGAGUCCUCGCGCAGAUUUCUUCCUUUGUAACUUCGUCUGUAGCUGAAUCGUCUGGGACCGGAGGCUCUACUCUCUCUAUAACAUCUUCUGUUGCAUCGUCUGCAGCUGGUGGGUUGGCUCUUCCAGGAGGAGGAGGAGGAAAUACCAUGCCGCAUCCAAAAGCUCCUUUGAAUAGAGGAGAUUCUAGUUUGCAAACCAGCGCUUCAGCUUCUGCUAUGAUCCCAGAGUAUCUGCAGAAAGUGCUACAGCGGUUGCCUAGUUUGAGUGAGGGGUCCACACAGGUGCACAAUAACAGUGUGGAGGAGUGCUUUCGAGCUAAUAUCGGAUCGCUGCACCCGAACAACGCCAAGCUAGUGUUAAGAGACCUAGGAGAAUUGGCGACGGGAUACAGUCACGCGUGGCAGACGCCCUUGCAGCAACAGGGAUGUACGCCCACACAGCAGAGAGCGAUCAAGGACUACCACACGGUAGUCGCGAGGAUGCUGUCAGUGCAGAGGGAACUGUCUGAACGCAUAUUGAGACCGCAAACGGCCCAAGAUGAGCGGGAGCAUUAUCAGCUGAUAUACUGCAACACGAUUAGCGCGCAGUCGAUGCUGCUAGGGGCGCUGCAGAUAACGAUGAACCAGUGAAAUAAUCGGAGUACGGGGGGGACGUCAUCGGAAAUACCGCUCACGAUACACGCGUCGAUCUGCGCCCGAGCCAAUCAGUCCCGGUUGAAGAAGGACAACACUGU